AUGAAAUCUCGAGUGGAAGAAGUAGAACAGAUUUUGGAUUUGAGCUCAGACGAUGAAGUUCAAGGUAUAGGCAUUUGUGGUAUGGGCGGAUCAGGGAAGUCAUCCAUUGCUUUAGUUCUAUAUCUUAAGAUCCUUCACUUUUUUGAUUCUUUUUGUUUCCUUCCUAAUGUGAGUAGACGUUUGAAGCAUGGUGACUUAUCUUUGCAAGAACUCAUUCAUAGAAACUUGGAGACAGCAGAUUUUUGUCUUAUGUAUCCUCAAGGCGAAGAGUUCUUGAAAAGAUUAAGAAAACACAAGGUUCUCAUAGUUCUUGAUGGUGUAGAUCAUGUGCAAGAUAUUGAGGAAUUGAACUUGAUUGCAAAAUCUAUUUGUUUUGGCAGAGGGAGUAGAAUCAUAAUAACAACAAGAGAUGUACAAGUCCUUGAAAUGUCUGGAGUUGAGAAAAUUUAUAGACCUAAAUUGUUGUCUAAGAAGGAAGGUUCUAUAAUAUUCCGUUCUAUAGCUUUUCCAAAGGAUUAUCCUGUUAAUGAUUUUCAAGAGAUGAUAGACAAGGAAAGAAUGUUAAUUGUGUGA